UUUUAAUACAAAUUGUGAUAAUUAAAUUGUGAUAUUUGACAAAUUUCAUUGUUUUUUGCCAAAUCCAAACGCAAAAUCAAAAGUUAAUUUGUGCGCCAUAUUCCAAAGUCUUUAAAAGAAAAUAAUUUUCUUAUUAUUAAUUUAAAAAAAAAAACAACAACAAAAUGCCUGAGCUCAUUGAACAAAGCAAAAUUAUCUCCGCCAAUGGCUGCGGUCUGCCCCAGCUGCACAAGCUGCGCCAGGAUAAUUGUGGCCUUUACAGCCACAUCCGUGGCAUUCCCACCUCGUAUGGCGAUGUUAGCUCUUUGACUGCUGGCGUGCGCAGCUUCGUAGAGGAAGCAGUUGCUCUGUGCCAGCCUGAUCAGGUGCACAUUUGCGAUGGCUCCGAGCAGGAGAACAAGAUGCUCAUCAAGACGCUGCUGGAGUCGGGCACAAUUGUGGCCUUGCCCAAGUACGAGAACUGCUGGCUGGCCAGGACCAAUCCUGGUGAUGUGGCCCGCGUGGAGUCUAAGACAUUCAUCUGCACCGAGACACGCGAGGAGACCAUACCCACUCCCAAGGAUGGCGUCAAGGGUACCCUGGGCAACUGGAUUUCCCCUCUGGACAUGGAGGCCGCUAUUCAACAGCGCUUCCCUGGCUGCAUGAAGGGUCGCACCAUGUAUGUGGUACCCUUCAGCAUGGGUCCAGUGGGUUCACCACUCUCCAAGAUCGGCAUUGAAGUCACCGACUCCGCUUAUGUGGUCGCUUCCAUGCGCAUCAUGACCCGCAUGGGCGCUUCUGUGCUCCAGCAGCUAGCCAAGAAGGAGGAGUUCGUGCGCGCCUUGCACUCUGUGGGCACACCAGCCAGUGGUGUAGUGGAGCAGCCUUCCUGGCCCUGCGAUCCCGAGCGCACCAUCAUCUUGCACAAGCCCGCCGAGAAUCUGAUUGUCUCUUAUGGCUCUGGCUAUGGCGGUAACUCGCUGCUGGGCAAGAAGUGCUUCGCCCUGCGUAUUGGCAGCACCAUUGCCAAGCGGGAGGGCUGGCUGGCCGAGCACAUGCUCAUCCUGGGCAUCACCGAUCCCAAGGGCGUCAAGAAGUACAUCACUGCCGCCUUUCCCUCGGCCUGUGGCAAAACCAAUCUGGCCAUGUUGAACCCCUCCCUGUCUAGCUACAAGGUGGAGUGCGUGGGCGAUGACAUCGCCUGGAUGAAGUUCGACUCACAGGGUGUGCUGCGUGCCAUCAAUCCCGAGAAUGGCUUCUUCGGCGUUGCACCUGGCACCUCCGUGGAGACCAAUCCCAUUGCCAUGAACACCGUCUUCAAGAACACCAUCUUCACCAAUGUGGCCUCCACUUCUGAUGGCGGCGUCUACUGGGAGGGCAUGGAGAGCAGUCUGGCUCCUAAUGUACAGAUCACCGAUUGGUUGGGCAAGCCCUGGACCAAGGAAUCGGGCAAACCUGCUGCUCAUCCUAACUCCCGCUUCUGCACACCGGCCGCCCAGUGUCCCAUUAUCGAUGGUGCCUGGGAGGAUCCAGCUGGCGUGCCCAUCUCUGCCAUGCUCUUUGGCGGUCGUCGCCCAGCUGGCGUGCCCUUAAUUUAUGAGGCUCGCGACUGGACACAUGGUGUCUUCAUUGGCGCCGCCAUGCGCAGUGAGUCGACAGCUGCGGCUGAGCACAAGGGCAAGGUGAUCAUGCACGAUCCCUUCGCAAUGCGUCCCUUCUUUGGCUACAACUUUGGCGACUACGUGGCCCAUUGGCUGAGCAUGGAGAAGCGCGGCCAGGUGCCCAAGAUUUUCCAUGUCAACUGGUUCCGCAAGAGCGAUACUGGCAAAUUCAUGUGGCCCGGAUACGGAGAGAACUCUCGUGUGCUUGACUGGAUCCUGCGCCGUGUCAAUGGUGAACCCUGUUACGUGGAGUCUGCCAUUGGUCGCAUACCCGCCGCUGGUGAACUCAACUUGGCAGGCAUGAAGGAGCAGAUCGAUGUGGAGCAACUGUUCUCGCUCCCCAAGGAGUUCUGGACACAGGAGGUAGAGGCUAUACGCAACUACUUCGAGACGCAAGUGGGCGCUGAUCUGCCCGCCAGCAUCUAUGCGGAACUGGACAAGCUGAAAGGGCUCGUUGCCGACUUGUAACUGCAGUUGCCCAGCAGAGAAUUAAUCACAAAUCUUUCACCCGCACGCACACAAACACGCAUCUUUACCCGCCUUGCACCACCUAUAUACCUAAGCAAAACUAUCCCACGAAACCUGCAAACAUAUAACCCAUAACCCCGCCCACAAAAACCAACAUAUAUACUCUAUAUAACCCGAAGACUAUGCUAACAAUUUAUUUUUUCACUUAGUCGUUUCUCUAGAGUUUAAGCCGCAGACUUCCAAAACUAUUUAUUAUAUAAGUGUUUAGCCUUAAGUCUUAAGUUAAGAUCUGUAUAAAAGAAAAAAACAAAUAAUGAAGAAAACAAAAAAGUAAAAACAUAAAAU